AAUGGCUAUGAUGAUGAAAGGUAAGUGAACUCUUACAACAUUGAACUAUUUUGUGACAAUACCACAACUACCAUUUUAGCAUUAAAUACCAUGAGGAUGUCGAGUAUAUCACUAGGUUUUGCAUAAAAAGGCAAACCUAAAAAUCUACAUACAUUCUCGAUAACAGGACAAAGAAGUUUAUAAUGAGCUAGUAUUGUUAAUACUAUGUAUACAAUAUCUAUAGCUACAUGCAUGAACAAUCAUCAGGACACGAGCUUUGGAUUAUUGGAGCUUCAGUUGUACGGCUAAACUUAGGUAGCCAUCGAAGUUAAAAAAAUAAAAUUUACAAAUAACCACAGUAGGUUUUGAUAAGUAAAUACGCAAACCAUUUCAAUAACCACUUCUAAAUAAAGAACACUUUGGCGGGAUAAAAUUUGUACUUAGUACUCGAUACAUAAAAUCUUGCAAUCAAACGCAACAUACUUUCUUUUAAACUGAAUUUCGAAUUUUAGUAAUUAAUAACCAAAAAAAAGUCGAACCAAUUAGUAGUUGAAAACACGUUAGUAGCUGUUUUAAAAAAAUCGGAACUGUCAAUGAUAUCUCUGCUAUGCAAAGUGCCAUGAAUUAAGAUACGUACAUUUUCUUAACGACUGUUUUUUGCUUACUAUUUAUCGGCUACUUGCAUCUUUAAAGAAAAUAAACAAAAAACAACCAAAUGAUUGGGUUACGAGGUUAGUAUUAACGCCUACUUUAACAUCACCCACAUUUUAUAACAUUUCUUGAUUUUAUCCAUUACAAUGAUUAUUAAUUAUAUUUAUUCGUUAUCUACAUAAAAUACUGACGACAUGACUGGCAAACUAUUACGAUUAAUCUUAUUAUCAAAAUCUAAAGAAUAUCAAUUUAGGAUCUUCACAAACAUAAUUUAUUGCUAUAUAAUAUGCCAUAAUAUCAUACCUAAAUAUGGUUCAACUCAAUGAAUACAACAAAAGAAUGGAAUUUUAUGUAUCUAUUACAAUGUAAUCUUAUAUUUUUAUCAAAGUUCAAUGUUUAUAGGUUUCAUUCCAUUAGAAUGUAAUACAUUCUAAUGUAGUUUAGUGGUUUUUCUAUUAUUGUUUUCUGUAAUGAUGGUCAUUCAUUUGAUACCGCAUAGAUGCCUACUUUCAAUAUACAUAGACUACUUAGAAAGAUAACUUUGCCAAUUUUCUAUUACAAUGUCUACUUUGUGUUAUUCUUAUAAAUAAGGUACUAGUGGGAGACCUGUCCGAACUUAAAAAACAAUUGAAUAGCUUUAUAUAUAUAUUUUAAAUAACAAACAGUGGAAAAUGAUUAUAUUGAUGGAGUUUUUGAGUCAUAUACAUAUUCUAAAAAUACCUGUUAUUUCUAAAACUGUUCAAUUUGCAAUUACUUAAAAAAAAAGUGUAAAUGGUUUACACCCGCCGAUAAUCGUAAUUAAUCAGACGCACGUGAAAGUAAUUUACCUGCAUGGGCACUUCUAACACAAAAGAUAAAAAGAAAUUAAUAUUAAAAAUACAUAAAAAUUGCUCCACAUCCAUUUCUGGUUUCUAGUCACUGCUCGAUAUAAUGAACCCGAAACUGUGACACCAUCAAUAGAAACACGACCGUGUAGCGUAAGAUGGAAGGUGUCAAUUCCCAUGCGUCGUCGUCGACUUUUUGCAAUCAGCCUACUAUGAAAAUAUAAUUGACAUAAGAGUACUCUAUGCUGAGACAUAUAAAAGGUGAACGAAACAAACGCUUAUCAAACUGUAACCACAUUUGUUUGUGUGCAGACGUGACCAAAAUGUAUCGGUUCAUAUCCCUAGUGGUAGUUAUAGCAGGUGCGGUGGCCUUACCCAACCCUGAAGUAAGGGAUGGAGCUCAGAACAACGUUGAAUCGGUUGAAUCGGCAGCAAGGGCUAUGGGAAAGGAUUGCGCCGGAGGCAUAUUCAGCCCCACGUGUUUGAAAAUAGAAGCUAUUUCUAUGCUCGAAAAACUGAGUUCCAAAGAGGAAUUGAGACUUCUGCCAGGAGUGAGUUUAGUGAAAGAAGCAAAUUCCGAAAAUGGUAGUAAGGCUGAAGAGUUUGCCGCUGAGCUAGCUAGAGCUAUGCCGUCGAAACCUGAUGAGAGACUUGACAAGUACCUGCUGUUCAAAUUAGGGAAUUACCUGGAUUCUCAUACGAUUAAGUUGAGGUUACUAGAUGAGAGUGCUACUGAAGAAGCCAGAGCUUUGGUCAGUGAGGGCAGGGCUAAAGGAGGUUUGGGCGGUGGUAAAAAGGGAGGCUUAGGAGGACUUUUGGCUAUUGCAGCGCUAUUUAAAGGUACCCUGAUGUCCAUCGGCCUCGGUGCUCUUGCGCUGUUAGCUGGCAAGGCUCUCAUGACAGCUAUGAUGUCACUCCUCCUCUCAGCCAUCAUUGGAAUCAAGUCCUUGACCAGUGGAAAAGGAUCCACCACUUACGAAAUCGUAUCCAAGCCCAUAUACAGCCACUCGCAUUCACACUCCACAGCCCACGAAGACGUAGGAGGCUAUGGUCACUCGGGCUACGGCAGAAACCUCAAUGUCAGGAGGCGUUAAAAGAAAAAAUAAAAAACAAAAAUAGUUUUUAAGAAUUCGAAAUUCGAAAUGUGUCGCGCCGUCUUAUUGGUUUAUUAAUGAAUGUUAAUUUAUUUAAAUUAUUUAUUUUUAGCAUAAAGAAAAAAAACACAAUCUAUCUCAUUCAUUGAUCUUUGUGUGUAUUCUUAAUAUUGUGAAGUAUUUAUAUUUUGUUUUAUUGUUCAGAGACGUUUUUAUAUGUAUGUAUAAAUUUGUUUCUUAUUAUAAUGACUAAAUUGUAUUUAUCAUUUACUUUCACUUUAUCACGUCUCUGAAAUAUAAUUUAUUCAAUUUGUAUAAUGUUAUAAUUUUUUCUCUAUGUUACACUGAUAUAUAAUUUUGUAUAUUUUUCAUUAUUGUAUUUAUUUCUUAAUAUAUAUUCGAAUAAAUACUUUUAUGUAUCUAUAUUAAAUAUGUAAUACAAAUAAUUUAUUGAUACUUCAAAGGCUUUUGUAAUUUAUGUAAAUAUUUGUAAUGUAUUCUAUUUCUCAUUAUUUAUCUUCACAAGACUGUUGUAUAAAAUAUGUAGUUAGUAUUAUUUUAUGUAUUUACUUAUUAAGAUGUAUAUAAUGUAAUAUAUUUUUCACAAACUGUUUAAUCUUGUAUCAUAUAUAUAUAUAGAUAUCUUUAUAUGUGUAUUUUAAGACAUAUUAUUAUGGUUAACCUAUCAAUAACAUAAUAUAUCUAUUGAAAUGUUGUUAUUAAGUAGUUAUGUUGUCAAACUAUUCUGUAUCUGUGAUUUUUUUCAAACUUCAGCACCCGAAGAAAAUAAAGAUGAUAAUUGUUGUACAUUGGACAUUUUUAUUUCAAUCGCCUAAUAUUUUUUUUGAUACCAAAUGUAUAUUAUGCGGAAACUCAUCAUCUCUUUAGAUUAACCACUAAAAGUCUCAUUGUGAAAGGGAAAAAAAAUAUUGAGAUAAAAAAUUGAAACAAAAUUUAUUUUAACGAAAUAAUAUGGUAGAUCCACAUAAUAAUAAUAGAAUCUAGGAAAAGUCACUGUCUACAUUCGUAAUUUCUUAUAUAUGGUCCCAUUUAGCAUAACUACAUCACUUCAAAAUGCUUUUUUUCUUACAGUUAAGUAAUCUUUGUGAAACGAAUAAAUUUCU